UUAUACGCGGAGCCAUGAACCGUUCCAACCCGAGCUUUUUACAAAACUAGCCCUCUCCCCAUCUCCCGCCCCCACCAUCCCUUCCUCCAACUUUCCCCCAAAUCGAUUUCGCUUCCGCCCGACGCCCGAUCUGGAUCCCUUCAAUCCCAGCAGAAGAUAAAGGAAGGAUCUUUUGGGGUGAUUCGGUGAUUGUGGGAUCCAGCUCGAGCGUCGUGGUCGAGAUUUCUCCUGGGUUUUUCGCGGAGAUUCGAGGAUUUUUUUUUUUGGCGGUUUCGAGAUAGUGUUUCUGAUUUUCUUCUGGUGAGGGAUGUGGAGGAACACUGAAGCUCCAGCGGAUUCUUUCUACGAGGUCCGUCCGGAGUGCAGCGAUAUUCCAAAGAGCAAGUUCAAGAUCAGGGCUGGAAAAACUCUGAGCGCACGAAGAUGGCAGGCGGCAUUUAGUCCAGAAGGUCACUUGGAUAUUGCCUCAGUCCUUAGCCGGAUACAGCGUGGGGGUGUUCAUCCUUCAAUAAGGGGAGAGGUUUGGGAGUUUCUGCUUGGCUGUUUUGAUCCUAAAAGCACUUUUGAGGAGCGAGAGCAGCUGAGACAGCAUAGGAGAGUACAGUAUGCUAGAUGGAAGGAAGAGUGUCGGCAGAGGGAUUCUCAUGUUGGUAGUGGCAAGAUUAUUACAGCUCCAAUAAUCACUGAAGAUGGUGAGCCUAUUCAAGACCCACUGGUGCUUAUGGAAGCCACUUCAAAUGGAAAUGCUGAGAAUAAUGAACAUAGAGAUCAAGCUCCUUUGGAUAAGGAGAUAAUCGAGUGGAAGCUUACACUACAUCAAAUCGGUCUCGAUGUGCUUCGAACUGAUAGGACCCUGGUAUUUUAUGAGAAGCAAGAGAAUCUAGCAAAGCUCUGGGAUAUUCUAGCUGUUUAUGCUUGGAUUGACAAAGAUGUUGGCUAUUGUCAAGGAAUGAGUGAUCUUUGCUCCCCAAUGAUAAUUCUUCUUGAAGAUGAAGCAGAUGCUUUUUGGUGCUUUGAGCGCUUGAUGCGCAGACUGCGAGGAAAUUUCAGAUGCACUGAGAAAUCUGUUGGAGUAGAGAACCAACUUCAAAUUCUAGCAUCCAUCACUCAAGUUCUUGACCCAAAGCUUCAUCAACACCUAGAAACACUAGGUGGAGGUGACUAUCUCUUUGCAUUCCGUAUGUUUAUGGUAUUGUUCCGCCGGGAGUUGUCGUUUGGAGACUCGUUGUACCUUUGGGAGAUGAUGUGGGCUCUGGAAUAUGACCCUGAUAUCUUCUCCAUGUAUGAAGAACCAGGGGUUGCCACUGAGAAAAAUGAGGGAUCUAAAGGGAAAGUAAAGUCGACACGCCAGUUUGGGAAGUACGAGCGAGAGAAUAUGAAAAAUGGAUGCAAAAGUUCUGAAGCCCCACUCCCCAUUACAGUUUUUCUUGUUGCCAGUGUUCUCAAGGACAAAAGUGCUCUGAUGCAGGAAGCACGCGGCUUGGAUGAUGUUGUUAAGAUUUUAAAUGACAUAACUGGAAAUUUAGAUGCAAAAAAAGCAUGCAGUGGAGCAAUGAAACUUCACAAGAAAUAUCUGAAAAAGGCCAAGAAAACAUAGCGUCCAAUGUAAAAUAGUGCUCCUAAGGGCUCAUUUUUCUUUCUAUCAGUUGAAUAAUAUAAAAUAACUUGCUCAAUGAUCUGGUAAUGGAUGUGCUUUCAUAUACAUUAUUUUUUAGGCCCCAAUCUGAUUUUCUUGUACAAACAAAGAAACGUCACUCCAGAAAUGUUUUGGAGUUGAGCUUACAACUUGUAAGAAUAUUAAUACGUCGGUGUUGUAUUCGUCUCAACUCAUUGUAUACACAAAACAUUGUAAAUUACCAUUAUUUCAAAUCAUUGCAGCAUGUACCACUUAAGAAGAAGAGGAAAUAUUUGGA